CUAUGCCAAUGGAGGAGGAUGAUAAGGAGGAGGAUGGAGAUGUUGAUGUUGAUAAUGAAGAAGCAUACUCUUUGGAAGAAUAAAAGGAUAUGGAGAAAUUUGGCUAAGAUAGUUAAAGCAGCUCAAUGUUGUGCUAGACAGCUAAACACUAGUGAUGAUCCGUACUCAGGUGAAAUAAUAGAGAAGACUGAAAGUUGGUGUCAAGGUCAGGCACGUGGGUUCCCCAUCCAUUUCUACUUCAUGUGCAAAAGGCAAAGGAAACUGAAACCUGACACCAUGCCUAAGAACCUAGCCACCCUAACUUGGAAAUCCAAUGCCACCAUUUGAGUUCUAGGUGUCUAGCCUACCUUUUGACGAUUUCCACAAUUCUGAGAUGUUUUGAGCAAGGAGAAGACUUAAAAGUGAGGGACUUCAAUGUAUAUAGGGUAUAUGUUUUUAUAUGGUCUUAUAGAGUUUCUCACGUAGUGAACGUGCAUAUGAGUGUGAGUUUUACUUUGUGUUAAGACAAUUGAGAUGAAAUAAAGAGGAAUAAUACUUUUUAGAAGGAGAGUUGGCUU